CGAUCGAAGACAUCAUCAGCAAAAAAAAUAUCUGAAAAGUGAAAAUCCCCAAUUAAUCAGGAAGGAAGGUAUUUCACUUUCUUUGUUUUACAGCUGCGACCGGCGAAGAGCAAAUCGUCUUCAUCCGUUAGAUUUCCCCUACCGACAAUCAAAAUCAAUGGCUGCGAUCUUCGCUCGUAACUCUCUCAACGCUUUCCGAGCUCGACACCUCGCUGUGUCGAGGCAAGCGUUGUUGGGUUCACAACACGAUGGGCUGCGACUCAGUGCACACUCCUACAGCACCAAGAAAGAUGAUGAGGAAAGAGAACAGCUUGCUAAGGAGAUUUCUAAAGACUGGAGUUCUGUUUUUGAGCGAAGCAUAAACACAUUGUUUCUAACUGAAAUGGUUCGAGGUCUCAUGCUGACUCUCAAGUACUUCUUUGACAGAAAAGUUACCAUUAACUAUCCAUUUGAGAAGGGUCCAUUGAGCCCACGUUUUCGAGGGGAACAUGCUCUCCGCCGAUAUCCAACUGGAGAGGAACGUUGCAUUGCCUGUAAACUUUGCGAAGCUAUAUGCCCAGCACAGGCAAUCACAAUAGAAGCUGAGGAACGAGAGGAUGGAAGUCGUCGGACUACUAGGUAUGACAUUGACAUGACUAAGUGUAUCUACUGUGGACUCUGCCAAGAGGCAUGUCCUGUCGAUGCAAUUGUUGAAGGACCCAACUUUGAAUUUGCCACCGAGACUCAUGAGGAGCUGCUGUAUGACAAAGAGAAGCUGCUUGAGAAUGGUGACCGAUGGGAAACUGAGAUUGCGGAGAAUCUCAGAUCUGAAAGCCUUUAUCGCUGAUAUUUUGCUCCGACAGCAACUGCUGUCCUUUUGCUGAAAAAUAAAACGAUAGAUGCAUGGUCUUGCAUAUACUAUGUAUUUUGGCCAUUGUGACUUUGUGAAUGUAUCCGGAUGAGCUAUUUUGUUUUUGCUACAUGUGAAGGCAAUGGUGGAUAAAAAUAUCCUAUAUUCAGGAAAACAAAUUUCAAGUUGUAAAACCUUAGCCAAAUGAGAAGAGGCAAGUUUUAUGUGAUUUUUGUUUUUCCAUUUAAGAGAUUGAUGUUAUGGAAUCAGUA